ACAAAUAGGGGCCCCAGUCUGUGCUUAGUCCAAUCGAGCAGUACUUCUCGUAUGCCAAUGAUAAUUUGCCGUACUGUAAUCGCUUCGAUUCACUUAUCGUGAAGGCAAACACGUGAUUGUAUGGGGGAUUUUAGAUCAGCCCUAGGUAAUUGAAUUUAAACUAUCUUUGAAAGAGGAGAGAUAGUUACGAAAGCAUAGGACAGACAAGGGAGUGCAAAUUAUGCAUUCUUGAGACGUAGAUCGCACAAUGCCAUCACUUUUACGCUGAGACGAAACCAAAACGGCCACAAUGACUUACUCAAGCGCUUCAAUCGACAACUUGUACCCCGCCCUGGCGGCAUGCUUCGUUAUCAUUAUUUGCGGGUAUUUCGCGGGAAGAAUGAAUUUAAUAUCUGAAACCGAAUCGAAGGGCAUAAACACUUUCGUGGGCACCUUCGCCUUGCCCUCCUUAAUUUUCAUGUCGCUAGCCAGACUCGACCUGUCCUCCGUUAAUUGGAUGUUCCUCGCCUCGAUUUUUAUAGCGAAAAGCGUGGUAUUUUUCUCUGUGAUAAUCGUAACGAUUUUGGUGGGGAGGCCGAUCAACCUCGGCCGCGCGGGAAUCUUCGCGAUCUUCUGCACGCAAAGCAACGACUUCGCGAUCGGGUACCCGAUCGUUGCGGCGCUUUACAAGGAUUCCCACCCCGAGUACGCCUCCUACCUUUAUUUAGUGGCCCCAAUCAACUUGGCCAUUCUGAAUCCGGUCGGCUACAUUCUCUUGGAGAUUAACAAGCAACGAACGGAGAGUGAGCCGCUUUUGAGACUGGGCGAUGGCGCAUCGGCGCAGAAUGAGAAGCGCUGCCGACUUGUCGUCUCCAUUACGAAAAGUAUCUUCACCAAUCCGAUCGUGGUGAUGACCCUCUUGGGGAUUUUGGGGAAUUGGAUUUUUAAGCACGAUGUUCCUCUGUUCUUGGCUAAAAUUUUGGACGCGUUAGGAUCGGCCUUCUCGGCAAGCGCCCUGUUUUUGCUCGGCUUGCGAAUGGUCGGUAAGGUGCACAAGCUGAGAGGACCCACCUUGGUCGCUCCCGGUAUUUUAAUUGUGGCCAAACUCCUCGUCCUCCCCUUGGUUAUUCGCGAGGUGGUAAGCUUACUGCGCGUUGGUUCCGACACCAACGAAACCGUCGACUGGAGCACCUACGGGUUUCUGUACGGGACGAUCCCGGCGGCGCCCACCGUCUUCGUCUUCGCGACCCAGUACAACCUGGACGUCGAUUUGAUCGCGACGGCUAUGGUAAUCUGCACGUUCAUCAGCGCCCCCUUGAUGUUCAUCUCGGCGAAAAUGAUUACGCUCACGAAUACCGAUCCGGUCGACUACAUCGUCAAGCUGGACGCCUUCACCUUCGACGUUAGCAUCGCCGGUCUCAUCGCCUGCGUCUGGAUAAUCGCCGUCUUCUUCAUAACCAAACGCAUCAACCGAGUCCCUCAUCGCAUCACCACGUGCUUGGUCCUCUCGCAGUUCUUAAGUUGUCUCGGCGCAAUUCUGUGGAACACGCUGAACGAGAAGGAGGGGUGGUCGGCGUACCUGCAGUUCGCCCUGGUCACGACGGGCGUCUACAGCUCGCGAAUUUGGACGUCGUUCUUGGCGAUCACGCUGCUACUGUUGCAGUGUCGCAGUUUGUGUUACGUCCUAAAAUUGCAACCGCUGUUCGUGAUAGUCGGGUGGUGCCUGCCGGUGACGCUCUCCGCUCUCUUUUUACUUCUAGACAAGGAAAACUCGGUGUCAUACGACAAGCGUAAUCCCAAUUUCAUAUACGGAGCGGGACAGGCGGUUGUGGCGGUGUUGUUGCUGACGUCAUGCUUUAUAAUAACCGUGGGUUGUUUAAUACUGCACCAGAGGUACAGCCGCCAUUAUUCACGCUAUCGCGACUUGGCCGACGACGUCAGUUCGACGUUUAACACCUCGGAAAGUUCCGAAACGCUCAACGGCAACGCGGCGACCUCCUCGCUUCAGAACAGCAGCUGCGGAAGCUGCGACGGCAAGACCAGAUCGUGCGCGCUUCCGACGAUCCAGGAGGGAUGCUGCGAGGAGAACACCGACGGUCCGGUCGUCGACAUCGAAGACUUGCUCGGGGAUUCGCCCGCAUUGCCGGCCGGUAGUGGCCUAUGUCCGACGCACUACGCGUGUCAAGGACCGCAGAGGGAGCACUGUCGCGAUCUAGUCGAACAGUACCAGCAACAGAUCAGCAACGACGUCGAAUACAUCGAAGAGGAGCCGGAGAGUCACGACCCGCAGAUCUUCAAGCACACGGUCUUACUCAUACUGCUGCUGUGCUCCACGUUUGUCGGACUCGCCCUGUCCAUAUGGACGCUGGUCAUGGACAAAAUGUCGGGCGUCUACGUCGAACUGGCAUUCCUAGACGCCGCCCUCAACUUCGGGCAGAGCAUCAUCGUCUUCGCGAUCUUCGGCACGAACACCAAGGAGAUCGCGCUGCCGCUACUCGACCUAUGGCGGAAGCUCUGGUUCGGCGCGAACAAACUGAACCUGCCCUCGUGGCACGAGCUUGGCGCCGAAACGAAGACGAUCUGCGACCAGUUCACCACUCACCAUCUGCAGAAGUGCAAAGAGCAGAUCGCCAGGGAUAAACGAUGGAGGAUAAAGGUAUAUAGAAAUGUUUUCUCGGGGAGGAGGUUCGCCGAUUGGUUAAUCGAGGUGGGGUUGGCGCGCGACCGGACCGAGGCCGUUAAUUACGCUCGGCAUUUGAUCGAGGGUAGAGUUCUUAAGCACAUUAACGGCGUUUAUCAUUUUCACGAUAGAAACUUGCUGUACAAAUUUAAUUGCUUGUAAAAUGCCUACCAACGUGGUUCGGUAACCAAAUUUGCGAUGCACGUUAUUGUCGCUUUUAUCAAACCAAAGAGUCUUUGUGAUUGUUUGUCCGACAGAGCAUAUUUUUGUAUAUUUUUUUUGUUACUUUUACCGAUUAGAAGAGAGCGCGUGAUAAAUCGUGAAUCUCAAAAAUGCUUGUUAGUUUUUCGUUUUGGGUACAAAUUUCUCUUUUUAAUCGUGAAGGGAUGAUUGUACUUUAAGUGUAUGUGCCAUAGAGAUUCGAGACGGAGAUGCAAGGGGGUAACACAUGCGGAUGACGGCAUGUGUGAUCUCCUUGCCGUAAUCAAUGUAUAUAUCAUUUAGCACAAAUGGCUUAAUAUGGUGCAUGCACGCGAUACGUACUAAUAAGGUUGUGAUUUAUGGAUAAUAAAAUGACAGUUGACUAUUGUAAAUAUUCUCAAGUUUUGUACUGAUUUGCAAAUUGUUGAAGUUUUAGUAUUUCGGCUAGCUAUACGAGAUCUCAAUGUAUACGGCCAUUACAUUGACAUUUCUCACGAAGCCGAUGAUUCUUUAUGUAUUUAUGAAGUCUAAUAAAAAUAAUAAAGUCUGGA